AUGUCGAACACUUUAUCGAGACACUGGGCGAUCCGGAACUGGCCGAUCAGCUCACCCUACUCCGGGUUGCGGACGCGGAAGAUCUGGAGGAAGUCCUGCGCGCUCGAGAUGCGUGCAGUGCAGAUCGCGAGCCAGGGGUCUGGAUCGGACACGGGAUCAGACGGAUCGGACUCGGGGGGUGAUCUACGUCGCGUUUACCUAGCGUCGGCCGAGGACAAGUCCCGCAACGCUGGGGGCGACGCGACGAAGCCGGAUCGAAGCAACCAAGCGCAGAUCAACCAUGACUCACCUCGAUCGGAUCCACGAUUGCGAUCUUCACCUGACGGAUCGGAGCGACCAAACCGCUGCUCACACCGUGGAUCGCGGAAACACACCGAUCUCGAUUGCUGGAGACGUUUGCCGUGCGAGAAGUGUGGCAAGCGAGGUCAUCCGGCGGAUCGCUGCCUGUUUGUGUGUCGUGGAUGUGGUGAACUACACGAGAUGGGCAAGUGUCCGAUGGAGGAAUUCUACAACCAGAUCCGUCAAUGGUUCAACCCGGUCUUAAGUCUACAUCGAUCGGCCGACUUCAGCCGUUCUGACGCCGAAGUGCCCUUGGAUCUCCAGUCUGGAGAGACGCGGGGCUAUUGGAAACAACGCAGACCGGAAGAAUGGUUCAAGCCAUCUGAUGGAGAAGUGACGACCGAGAUCCCGGAGCAUGAUCGCGAUCGAAGUCUGCCUCGCGUCAUCGAACACCGCAGAUCUGGCGAUGUGGUGCCCGAUCUCCUCCCUGGGGAGUCUAGAGGGUACUGGAAACAUCAUUCGCCAGGUAAGUGGUUCCGUCAGGCCAAGAUCACUGGCAAGAUCAACAAUGAGAAGUCGAUCUUACUCUUAGACACCAGCGCCGAGGUGUCCAUCGUGGACACCGCCUUUGCUCGUAAGGUGGGGUGCUAUGUCGACACGAGUCAGAGCCAGGAAUGUGUGAGGAUUGGCGAAAGCGUGUACAUGACGGAAGGAAGGACCAGGAUCAAGGUUACGCUGGCAGGAUCGCUGUUGUAUUUCUUCGAUAUCUGGGUUGGCGAUCAAUCAGGACAAGAGGCGAUCCUGGGUAUGAACUUUAUGGUUCCAGCGGGGAUCCGCCUCGAUCUUGCGGACGGCUCUACCUCUCUCCCCGACGAAGUCAAGAUCCAGCUUAGCGGACGGCGUCAACUGUACAACGACAAUGUCCGACACGUGUGUGUGGAUCAGGGAAUGCAGAUCGCGAUCGGGGAUUCGAUCGAGCUUCCGCUGCGAAUGAAGGUGACGGAUCGAGAAAAGCUCUGGGUCACCCGAGGAGAUCGCUGGGUGCCAACCGUGCAGAAUCUAGCCUUUCAAGCCACGACAGAUGACCGGCCGACGAACCAGGAGGCACCAACGGGACCUCCAGUACCUGCCGUCGAGCGACCGAUUUAUCCAACGCCCCGAGCCAUCCUCCAGAGACGCAAGGUAUCCCCGAUCGUCGAUCAAUCGAUGGGUCCAUCCGAUCCACCAAGCGAACCGGAGGCAAUGAGCCCUGAUCCGGGGGUGGCCGUCGUUGAUACUCUUAGAUCAGGGGGCGGACCGUUGCAGGACGGUGAUCGCGUGACAGAGGAGUCGGGGUCGUCAGCUUCAACUGUCCUCGUCGGAGAUCCACCAGACCCACGGUCGGAUCCUGUUGAGUCGGUGUGUGAACCUUCCGGAUCGGAGGAGGAAUGCUCUCCAAAGCGGAAACAGGUGGGGCUGGACUCCCAGCCUUCGCCGAUCACGGAUCAAGCGUAUGCACCGAUAGAUGACGCGAAGCCGCAAGAUGAUCGUGCUGGCGAUCCAGAGGGGAAGCCAGAUUAUGUGGAUUCCGGUGGUAAAGUAGCUGAGAAAGGCGAAAUCGUGUCCCCUCACUUGCCAUCGGCCGAUCAGCUGUGGAAGAGUCGAGAUCAAGUGACCAUACAGCAGUCGACGGUGUGCCUGCAUCUGAACGACUGCCGCAAGUGGAUGAAGACUCGUCGAUCGUUGGAGGUCCAUUACCACGAGGGCGGAAAUCUGUCAGCAGAAGAUGUCGAAGGUGAAUUAGCUGUGCUUCCUGAAAUUGUGAUCUCGACGACAGAUGAGGUGAAGAUCGAUGAUAUCAAG